AUACUCACCAGCGCGUGUUUCGAUUGUAGGUCGUGUGACGCGUUCAGCGACUUGCUUUGCUCACUUCAAGUUUUAUUUAUCGGACCUCUUCAACAUCAUAUUUCCGAUAUUGCUAAUUAUUACUGAUUACCUCCUUUGACCUGGAGGACUACAACCCAAGUUAUUUCCAUCAAUUUUUCAUCAAACAAAAGCCCUUAACUUGUUGAUACUGUUUGCUCACUAUGCUUUUGAGGCUAGCGAGUUUAUUUCUACUUUCCUUGAUGCUAAAUACCUCAUGGUCUGUAGAUCGUGCUAAUUUCAAAACCUGUGAUCAGAGCUCGUUCUGUGCGCGACAACGACAAUUAAAACCUGGGGAUAUUACACACUGGUUAGAACCAAGUUCUGUCAAGAUAAACCCUUAUGGAAUAACUGCAACUAUUUACACUGAAGAUCAAAACCAUUCACUGUCUCUGGAUGUUACCUAUAACCAACACUCCGUCUUUCAUGUACUCAUUAAUGAAUUGACAGAUGAGUAUAGGAGAUUUCGGGUACCCAUAGGAGAUGUAGUUUUGCCAGGUGUUCAGAAGGCUCCUAUCAAUUGUGUGUUCGCUGAAAAUAGUUUGGUAUUGGAAGGACAGUUUGGAUACAAGGCAGUCGUGUACUAUAAUCCCUUUUAUAUUGAGUUUUUAUUGAAUGAUGUAGUUGUGGCAUCAGCAAAUAAGAGGGGCCUUUUAAAUUUCGAACAUCAGAGAAAAAAACCCGUAAUCAGUAAACCUCCGGUCUCUAAAGAUGAUAACCAUACGCUACCAAAUGAAGAUCAUGAGGUUGAUAUAUCUUCUGUAAACACUUCCGAAGAUCUAUCAGGAAAUACAGAUAUUUCAAAAGACUCUACUGCUACCAAUGAAAACAAGGAGGAUGAACAAAAUAUUAGCACAGAGCACUCCGUUCCUGAAGAUCAGUCAUGGUCAGAGUAUUUCAAGGAACAUCUUGACACAAGACCUCAUGGCUUAAACUCCAUCUCGAUGGAUUUCGAUUUUCAGGGAUUCAGUCACGUUUAUGGGAUCCCAGAACAUGCUGAUGGAUUCGUUCUAAAGUCUACAAGUAAUGGUGACCCCUACAGACUUUAUAAUCUUGACGUAUUUGAAUAUGAGGUGCAUAAUAAAAUGGCUUUAUAUGGUUCUGUCCCCGUUAUGUGGGGACACAAUAUAAACAGCACUGUGGGAGUCUUAUGGCUUAAUCCAUCGGAGACAUGGAUCGAGAUUGAUUACUCAAAUUCACAAAAUAAUGGGAUAUUUUCCAGUUUCUUUAUGAAAAAACCAGAGAAAUCAUCCGUUCAAACAAAAUGGAUAUCUGAGUCCGGCUUGAUAGAUUUGUAUGUGUUUAUGGGUAGUACUCCAUCUGAAGUAAUGCAUUCGUAUUCUAGUGUGGUAGGUACCACCAGUUUACCACCCCUGUUUGCAAUUAGUUAUCAUCAAUGUAGAUGGAACUAUAAUGAUGAAGCCGACUUACUAUCCGUAGAUAAGCAUUUUGAUGAAUAUGAAAUGCCUGUUGAUGUUUUAUGGUUAGAUAUUGAACACACUGAUGGAAAACGUUAUUUUACUUGGGAUAAAACCAAAUUUCCGAAUCCAAAAGAAAUAGUUGAUAAACUGAAUAUUAAAGGUCGAAAGCUCGUUACGGUUGUUGAUCCUCACAUUAAACGUGACCCUAAUUGGCCUUUAUUCAGUAAUUCCCAAAAUAAUGGGAUUUUUGUCAAGACUAGAGAUGGGAACGAAUUCGAUGGUUGGUGUUGGCCUGGAUCUAGUGCUUGGCCUGAUUUUACUGACAAAUCUGUACAACAGUGGUGGUCAAAUUUAUUUCUUACUUAUGAACCUGUUGCCAAAGAUUCCAUGUUUACCUGGAAUGAUAUGGGUGAACCAUCAGUUUUCAAUGGCCCUGAAGUCACUAUGCAUAAAGAUGCUAAGCAUGCUGGUGAUUGGGAACAUCGUGAUGUGCAUAACUUGUAUGGCUUAUACGUACAUAAGUCAACUUGGGAUGGACUCAUGUUGAGGUCAAACGGCGUAGAACGUCCUUUUGUGUUAACCCGGGCAUUUUUUGUUGGUUCUCAGCGGACAGCAGCUGUUUGGACUGGGGACAAUACUGCUGACUGGUCACACCUGAAGAUUUCAACUCCUAUGCUCCUCAGUUUGUCGAUCGUAGGGAUAACCUUAUGUGGAGCUGACGUAGGAGGUUUUUUCGGCAAUCCAGAUUCUGAGCUAUUGACAAGAUGGUAUCAGGCGGCUGCUUAUCAACCAUUCUUCAGAGCUCAUGCACACAUAGAUAGCAAACGCCGUGAACCUUGGCUAGUAGCUUCGGAAUAUAUUGAUCCUAUUCGAAAGGCAAUACAAGCUCGUUAUCAUUUACUUCCAUACUGGUAUACAUUAUUUGCUCGUUCAGAAGCAAAUGGUCAACCAGUCAUGGCACCAAUGUGGUUCCAUUUUCCUGGAGAUAUCAAUACAUUUGAUUUGGAUGAUCAAUAUAUGAUUGGAGAGGCGGUGCUUGUGCGCCCUGUAACUGAUCAAGGUGUUAGUUAUGUACAAUUAUAUCUUCCAAAAGGAACAUGGUAUAAUUAUCCAUCAUUUGAGGCAUUUACAGGUGGACAAUCGAUACAGUAUCCAGUAACAAUAAAUUCUAUACCUGUAUUUUAUCGGGGUGGUUGGAUUAUACCACGAAAAGAGCGUAUACGUCGUUCGUCGUGGCUUAUGCGUGAUGAUCCUUAUACAUUUGUUGUUUGUUUAGACCUUGAAGAACCUGACGCAGUUGGUUAUUUAUAUAUUGAUGAUUUCCAUUCAACUUCUAAAUCAAAUGCCCAGUUUUUCAAGAUUGUUUACAAGCGAGUUGUCGACCCAACGAAUGCGGGUUUGCAUGGUGGACAAUUACGCUUACUACGUUUACCAUUACCAGGCGAAAAUACUAUUUCGCUACCUAAAGAUGGUAUUUCAAUCCCGAAAAUUGAACGUAUUGUUGUUGUUGGUUUCGGUAGUCCUUUGGAAAGAGUUACUGUGAUUGAUGACUAUAAACUACGAAGAAACUUGGAGUUUUCUGUUACUCCAUCUUCUGGUCUUUCUACUGGCUUCAAACAAAUGCCACAAAUUGUUGUUGUUCGUAAACCUGACCUUUCAUUAAAUGAUCAGUGGGCAGUGCAUUUUGUUACAGGUAAAGAAUCCAGGGAUGAUUUGUAAAUGAUUGUUAAUAGCAAUUCUGUUUGUUCCACAUAAUGCUCCCAUGUGUAUAUGGUUUGGCUUGAAGUUACAUUAUUUUCUAAAAUACUUGCUCAGUUUUAAUUUUUACGCCUUUUAUUCUCUAUAUUGUCAAAUAUAAUAUGUACUCGUGUGUGUCUAUCUGUUCUCUUUUCACUUUACAUGCUUUCUUAUUCUUCGAACUCAAUUUUUUUUGUUUUUAGUGCAUCAUACUGAGUUUUUUUUAUUUUGUCAUUGUGUCUAUAUUUGAAUGUAAACAGGACGAAUGAUAUUACCUCUAGGUUUCAUUACUUUUGAGUAUGUUUUUAUUCUCAAACGUAAAUUUGUGUAGUUGAAACGAAAACAUUUUUUUGGAUUAAUAAUUCAAAAGAUUUUGGUGUAUACUUAUUUACAUGAUUCGUCUGUUUCAAAACGUUGCUGCAGCAUAUAUUCGUUUGUUCCACCUCUUUGAUUGGAAAUCUUGAAUGACAUUGAACUGAAUAUGAUUUUCAACAGCUAACCAUUAGAUUGUUAAACUCUGGUAAUGCUCAUAACCUAUAUAUUUGAAAAAAAAUCUAACCAGACUUAUUUAAAAUAUAGGCUCAUUUCCAAA